CCUCUCUUCGACCUGCAUUAAAACUGCUAUUUGACUAAACCUUUAUAUACAUAUCAAUCUGCCCCACUGAUCCAGUAAAAAUGGAGACCUGGCUCUUUACGAUCAUCACUUUAGCUGCCUCUCUUCUCCUCAAAUCUCUUCUCAACCUUUUCUCUCAACCCGAGAAGCAUAGUCACCCUCUCCCUCCAGGUCCUCCCAAGUUUCCGAUAAUCGGCAGCCUUUUAUGGCUGCGGAAAUCAUUCCGAGAGUUCGAAUCAACUUUCUGUUCGCUCCACAAACAGCUCGGACCUAUCAUCACUCUCUACGUAGGCUCUCGGCCCAUGAUAUUCAUCGCAGACCGCUUUCUUGCGCAUCAAGCCUUAAUCCAGAGCGGAGCAGUUUUCGCUGACAGGCCACCUUCUUCUGCCAUCAAUAAAAUUUCUAACUGCAAUCAACAUAAUAUCAGUUCUUCGUUUUACGGUCCUACUUGGCGUCUUUUUCGCAGGAAUCUUACUUCUGAAAUCCUUCAUCCUUCGCGGGUUAAAUCUUACUCUCAUGCUCGCAAAUGGGCACUUGAAAUCCUAUUCGACCGCCUGGAUUCACAAUCGAAAUCCGGUGAUCAUCCUGUUGGUGUUCAAGCUAAUUUUCAGUUCUCCAUAUUUUGUUUAUUAGUACUUAUGUGUAUUGGAGACAAGCUUGAUCAAAAACAAAUUGAGGAAAUAGAGAGAGCACAGCGUAGUGCAAUUGUGAAUUUCCGUAGAUUGGAGAAACUCAAUAUUAUGCCAAGAUUAACUAAGAUUGUGUUUAGGAAAUUUUGGUCAGAAUUCUUGCAGAUUCAGAAGCAAAGAGAAGAGGUGUUGAUUCCGUUGAUAAGAGCAAGAAAGAAAGCAAAUGAAGAGCGAAAAAUUAACAAUUUUAAUGAUGGAUUCGUCUUAUCUUAUGUUGAUACGUUGUUUGAUUUACAACUUCCCGAUGAGAAAAGAAAUCUUAGGGAGAAGGAAAUGGUUGCUCUGUGCAAUGAGUUUCUUAAUGCCGGAACGGAUACUACUUCCACAGCCUUGCAAUGGAUCAUGGCCAAUUUGGUUAAGUACCCGGAAAUUCAAGAAAAACUUUAUAUGGAAAUUAAACAAGUUGUUGAUGAUGCGGAAGAAGAAGUAAAAGAAGAUGAUUUGCAGAAAAUGCCUUAUUUGAAAGGGGUGAUUUUAGAAGGACUAAGGAGGCACCCGCCAGGACAUUUUGUAUUGCAUCAUGCUGUGACUGAAGAUUUUGUUUUAGAUAAAUUUAUGAUACCCAAAAAUGCUAAUGUAAAUUUCAUGGUGGCAAAAAUGGGUUGGGAUCCGAAUACGUGGGAGGAUCCGAUGGCGUUUAAGCCUGAGAGAUUUACGGGUGAUGGUGAAGUGUUCGAUAUAACAGGAAGCAGAGAGAUUAAGAUGAUGCCAUUUGGUGUAGGAAGAAGAAUGUGCCCUGCUUAUGGAUUGGCAUUGCUUCAUUUAGAGUAUUUUGUGGCUAAUUUGGUUUGGAAAUUUGAGUGGAAAGCUAUGGAUGGAUAUGACAUUGAUCUGUCUGAGAAGCUAGAGUUUACAACUAUGAUGAAGAAUCCAUUGCAAGCUAUAAUUUCGCCCAGGUUUCAAAAUCAAUAAUUUAUUUGUAUUGGCUGUGUAAUGUCCGCUUGAAUUACCAAAUUUGGCUUUCUGAUUAGUUGUAUAAACUUUAAAGAGUAAGUAGGCAACUAUGGAUGAGUGCAUGAAAGACUUUACUUGAAAAUUGCAACAAUUGCUAUUAGAAAUUUAAUCCUCUACAAAAGACUGUUUGUUUAUUAUACAAGUAACUAGCUUAGUUUGUUUUU